AGCAGCCAAUGGAGAACAGAACCGUUGUCUUUCAAGAACCCUUGGCUCCAAGGAAGGUUCUGUAUUAAAAAUUGUUGGACUUGUUUGAAUAGACAAUAUCGGCAAUCUUCUGUGCCAGGGACUGUUGCUGUGUUGAGUCAAUGACGACUUUCUGCCGGAGCCUAAUAAGAGAAUUGUCUUGAGGCACCAAGCCAUGCAAACUUGAAGAGACAAGCCAGCCGUGGUUGAACGAGUGGCCCUCAACAAUGUGUUCCUUUGAGCUUCUAAGCUUUGCGUUGUAUUUGUGCAGCAAGGGCCCACAGGACUCACCAGCCUGAAGAGACUGUUCUUCACCACUAGAAGCUUGGGUCUGAGUGGAGAAGGUUCAUUGUGGAAAAACAAAGCAGAAAACCCCAAGGAAAUACUGCAAGGUGGCUGCUUCCUCCUCCAGAGGAGUUCCUUUACUACCCACCUGCGUGUAUUAUUAUUUUUUAUUUGUAACACACUAGUCUUCAGCUUCUUUUUAAAGAUUUUUCAAGGCGGUAGGAAGGAAGCAAGUGGAUUUCUCAAGCCUUUUUAUACUUUCUCAAAGCAUACACGGUCCUGAGGGAGACUAAUAAAUUGGCUGAAAUGGAAGAGCCACCCUUGCUACCAGGAGAAACCAUUAAAGACAUGGCUAAGGAUGUUACAUACAUCUGCCCCUUCACUGGAGCAAUCAGAGGAACCCUCACUGUUACCAAUUACAGACUGUAUUUUAAAAGCAUGGAACGGGACCCUCCUUUUGUCCUAGAUGCAUCUUUAGGUGUAAUCAACAGAGUGGAGAAAAUAGGAGGUGCUUCCAGUCGUGGCGAGAAUUCAUAUGGGCUGGAGAUUGUAUGCAAGGACAUUAGAAACUUACGAUUUGCUCAUAAGCCUGAAGGGAGAACUAGACGAUCUAUAUUUGAGAACUUGAUGAAGUAUGCUUUCCCAGUUUCAAAUAAUCUGCCACUUUUUGCGUUUGAGUACAAAGAGGUUUUUCCAGAAAAUGGAUGGAAGGUGUAUGACCCCAUUUGGGAGUACAGAAGACAGGGAAUUCCCAACGAAAGCUGGAGGUUGACCAAGAUUAACGAGCGCUAUGAGCUGUGUGAUACGUACCCUGCCAUUCUAGCUGUGCCCGUAAACAUUCCCGAUGAAGAAUUAAAACGAGUAGCAUCUUUCAGAUCAAGAGGACGCAUACCAGUAUUGUCAUGGAUUCACCCAGAAAGUCAAGCAACCAUCACUCGCAGUAGCCAGCCAAUGGUGGGAGUGAGUGGCAAACGAAGCAAGGAAGAUGAAAAGUACCUUCAAGCCAUCAUGGAUUCUAAUGCUCAGUCCCAUAAAAUCUUCAUAUUUGAUGCAAGGCCUAGUGUGAAUGCUGUAGCCAAUAAAGCUAAAGGAGGAGGCUAUGAGAGCGAGGAUGCCUAUCAGAAUGCAGAAUUAGUGUUCCUGGACAUUCACAAUAUUCAUGUCAUGAGAGAGUCGCUGAGAAAACUGAAAGAAAUCGUAUAUCCCAAUAUCGAGGAGACUCACUGGCUGUCUAAUUUAGAAUCAACUCACUGGCUUGAGCAUAUCAAGCUCAUUCUCGCUGGAGCCCUUCGGAUCGCCGACAAGGUGGAGUCAGGGAAGACAUCUGUGGUUGUACACUGCAGCGAUGGCUGGGACCGGACAGCCCAGCUCACUUCCCUCUCUCUGCUCAUGUUAGAUGGCUACUACCGAACCAUCAGGGGCUUCGAAGUACUAGUGGAGAAGGAGUGGCUGAGCUUCGGCCACAGGUUUCAGCUGAGAGUUGGCCAUGGAGAUAAGAACCACGCAGACGCGGAUCGCUCUCCUGUCUUCCUCCAGUUCAUCGAUUGUGUCUGGCAAAUGACAAGACAGUUUCCUACAGCGUUUGAGUUCAACGAGUACUUCCUGAUAACCAUCCUGGAUCACCUGUACAGCUGUUUGUUUGGGACGUUCCUGUGCAGCAGUGAGCAGCAGAGAGUGAAGGAGGGCCUUCCGAAAAAGACUGUGUCGCUUUGGUCUUACAUCAACAGCCAGCUCGAGGACUUCACUAACCCCUUGUACGUCAGCUACUCCAACCAUGUCCUGUACCCUGUGGCGAGCAUGCGCCACCUCGAGCUGUGGGUCGGCUACUAUAUCCGCUGGAACCCCAGGAUGAAGCCACAGGAGCCUGUCCACAAUCGCUACAAGGAGCUUCUUGCCAAGCGGGCUGAGCUGCAGAAGAAAGUGGAGGAACUGCAGCGAGAAAUCACCAACCGUUCCACCUCGUCCUCGGAGAGAGCUGGCUCUCCCGCACAGUGCGUCACCCCUGUACAGACUGUUGUAUAAUACAGACUGUUUUUUUUUUUUCCAACUACCUUCCCAGGACCACCAGGACAGCUUUUCCGAAACCCUCUGGAUUUCCACGAUGGUAUCUGGGAGAAACCGACCUAUUUAUUUAUUUCUCUCCAGGGUAAUUUAUUAGUACUGUAGCACUAGAGGAAGCUUAAGCAAAACCAGAAGAACAACCAAGGCCCCCUGUGCAAUUAGCCUUCUCAGUGGCUAGAUGAUGAUACAAGCUACUUGCACUUGCCACUUAAAAGAAACCUAGAACUCUUUUUUUUUUUUGCUCACUUGUGUUGGAAAUCACUUUACUUUCAAAAAGAGGACUGUGUGCUAGAAUGAAGUACUAUGUAGGAAAAAAAGUCUACUCAGGCGUUUGAAAAAGCUCCCUUUUGCUAGGUAUGGAAUCUGACUUUGUAUGGGAGCCUCAAAUACACCUGUGUUAAGUCACGAAAGUGAGGUAUUAACACAUGCAUAGCAGCGUGCGGCUGUUUGCCAACAUACUAAAAGAGAAGUCGUGCUAGAAUCCAGAACAUAUCGCAGUUAUUUUUCCUUUGACCUAGAUCUAGGAAGCCAUGUAACCGAUGCCUUAUUUAAGAAAGGGCAUCUUCUACCCAGGAAACACAGUGGUAGAGGAGCAACCUCCAUAACUUUAUAGGACUAUGUUUACUUCCACCUCUGCAACUUUAGAUUUUUGCUUAUGGUUUACAUGGAUCGUGCCAGGAUGUAAAUUAAAGCACCUUUGUUUCUGAGGGAUGGAGCAGAGCCUGGAUCCCUCGGUGCUUCCUGCAGCUCUUUGUUCUCCCGUGCCUCAUCCACAGCAGGAGGGAGGCAGUAGGAUACCCUGGGGCACACAAACUGCUGGGAUCAGUGAUUUCAUUUUGCUUGGGUAAGCAUAAUUAGUGGCGUUCGUGCUUCUGUGCAGGCUCAUAGUGGCAUACGUAACAGGAAACUGAACUAUUUAACUAAUGGAAGCGACCGUUAUCAACCAAAGAAGCCUUUUUGCCUACAUUGCAACUGGUACUUAACACUAUUCUGGUAGACUAAACAGCUUAGCUGGUUUCUGAGCCCUAGCUUUGAAGUCUAUUUCCUCAUAGCACACUUCAAGAAUUAGUGUCACCUGACUAAACCUAAAUACAAAUUCAGUUUUAAUAGGAACUUUUAUUGUAGGAGUAGCAAUGAAAAACAUUUGGUGAAACCACAACUGCUGCGUUGCUUUUCAAACACAGAAAUAAGGGGUUGGAGGUGGUAGGGCUUACACUGCCGUGGUAUAUGCACAAGGAUCUUCAUUUACUGCAGGCUGCUUCUCACCUCUGUAAGGAAGAAAGUCAUGCAUGGCUUGGGCUGGGUCCUUGUGCUGCUCUCAUACAAUAGGGCCCCACACUGUGGUCUCCUGCUUAAUCUGCUCAUCAGCAUGCUUUUACUCUUAGCCUUUCUCCCAAGAUUGGUAUUUUUUGAGAGGGUAGAAGAGUGGACAACAUACACAUAAGGAAUUCUUACACAUAAGGAAUUGCCUUUCAAAAGCCACAUUCCACCUAAGGAAGGAAUGAGUUCCAGCUGCAGUCUAUUUCUACCUGCUCUGCUGCAAUCCGUGGCUCAGUAGUUAGAGGGAAAUCCACUGCCACCUUCUGACAGAACAAUUAACAGCUGGUGUAGCAUUACUGCAUUUGUGCAGGGUGGGCUGAGAGUUCAUGGCUUAAUAGUGCAAAGAACCCCCACAAAAUAGCUUCUGAAGGACUUGAAUUUGCGUUAUGGUUGAGGGGCGGAUCUGCUCUCAUGUACAAUCACUCUAAGAUGGCUCAUAGCAUUAUUGUCUAUUAGCUAAUUGGCUGUGUGUAUAUGUUGCUUUUUUUAAAUGAAGGCUGUUUGGUUUCCUUAACACUAAUAAAAAUAGCUAAAUGGA